AAGCGAAAAUAUUAUUAUUAAGCAAGACAUACUGAAUUUAUUUAAGAUAAAAUGUCGCUUGGCCAUGUAUGUUUCGCUGAUAUGUUGCCUUCGACACCGGCAGCAUCUAAUCAAGUUAAAAAUGUCGCAUCAAAUUUUUACGCCAAUGAUGAUGCAAUACGUCAAUGCAGUAGUUUAAUCAGAAACAGCCGUGACCGUAGCGUCUCACCCAAUAGCGUAAAUUCACCAACACCACGUUACAUACGUAAUAUGGGCUUCUUUCGUCAGUUGAGUCGUCGUUUCGGUUUGAGGUCAAACGAUGACCUAAUUUAUACAACUGCCAACGACGAUGAUAAUCAAAGUUCAUCGACCGAUUCUUGUUCUUCAACGCAGGCGGCUGCAGCGACUGUAGUCAUAAAUAAAGGGCGGGAAUUGCAGCAGCAAUUAUUGCAAACAACUGAUUCACAUAUUUCGGGUACUUCAAGUGAGACGAGCAGCACCAUGGAGGAUAUCGACGAACCAACGCAAACAGAUUCGAAUGAACAACAACAGCAAUCACAACAACAAAAACAAGAAUUAAAUAAACAACUUUCAUAUAAUAGUCGCGCUAGCUUUUCGCGCCUGCAGCGUCGUUCGACUUCUACCAUACGCAAGGCCUUGGCAGGUUUUUCUUUAACCACACGUUCUCUAUCAUGCAGCGGUGCUCCACCAGCUCAGCCGCAUAGUGAAUGCGAUACACCAAGCUCCGCUAGCAGCACUCCCAUUAAAUCCGCUUUAAAAUCAUCAUCAAAUCUCGAAUUGAAUAAGAAAACCUUAACAAAUCAUUGUACACAUCAGCUCAAACCAGCAGCCGCACUUAAUGGUAAAUCAAAUAAAAAAGUCAAACCACCGCCACAACGUAUACUACGUCAGCCUGUAUCCUACACAUAUUUGAAGGGCAUUUCCGGUUUGCCAACGCAGCGAGUACCGCGAAAUUCGGUGUGCUGUCAGUACGCGAGGCACUAAACGCAUUUAAAGCAUUUUUUUCGAAUUUUGCAAAACAAAAAAAAAAAAAAACAAAAACAAAAAAAAAGGUAGAAAAAAGAAAAACAGCAGACAACAGUAGACAAGGCUAGAAAAUUGUUGUUGUUUGAAGAGAGGAAAACUUUGAUGUCGUUACCAGAAACGUAUACAAAACAAAGUCAAGUAAAAGUAGUUGCAUUGAUUUUCAUAACAGUUUUUCUUUCUUCAUAAAACACACACACACACACACACACACACAUACACACGCGGACAUAUACCCAAACACCAAAAUACUUGGAAAAAAAUUAUUUAUUUAUGUAUUUGUUUUUCUUUUGAUUCAGUUUAACAGCAUUGCGAAAAUUAUUAUCCUUUUUUGAUUAUAAUCAUCAUUAUUUAUAAUAACUGUGAUAAUGGGAGAAGAUAUACGCAUCUAAACAAAGUCCAAGAUAUUACAUUUGUUGUUUUUUUCAUAAGAAAAAACAUAAUUUUUCAU